UGUGUGUGUGUUUUCCACUAUUUUUAAUGAUCUUUUAUUAUGUGGUCUUUUAAAAAAUUCCUUCCAUUUCUUAGCCCUAUUGGGUAUUUUGGAAGCAAUAUAGUAUACUGUUUUUAGUUCUAUUAAACAUCUAAAUGGUAUUAGUAGCGAGUUCCCUGGUGGCCUAGUUGUUAGGAUUCCAGGUUUUCACUGCCAUGGCUGGGGUUCAAUCCCUGGUCCAGGAACUGAGAUCCCGUAAGCCACAUGGUGCCAUCCCCCGCAUAAAAAUGGUAUUAGUAAACCUAUAUUUUUCAAUUUGUCAACCUUAGAAGCAAAAUUAAGAACUGCUUCUUUUGCCCCAAUCUACUACAAUCAGAAUAUUGGUAUUUUUACAUUGUGGGGCAUUGAAAUUUUUAAUAUAUAGUCUGUUUUAUACCUGUAGUUACCACAGUUAAUUAUGUGUCACUGGGUUAAAUCCUUAUUGCCAGCCUUUUAAUAACACAACUUCUCCAUUAGAAAGUGCUUUAUAUUGAUUUAUCUUUCAUUGGCUAAAUUAGGUCUUCAAGUGGAUCUUUUUAGAAACUUGCAUAUUUAGAAUGUCAUCCCAUUACCUUUACAUGAAUGACAGUUAAGUAAAGAAUUCUCUUGAUCCUUUUAAUGUUUCUUUAUCUUCUGGCAUCAAAUGUUUCUGAGAACUCUGAAGCUGACCUGAUUUUUUUUUUCUCUUUGUAGGAGAAAUUUAGUAUCUUCACUUGCAUUUCUUGGUCUUGAUGAGUAUUUAUUGAUUUUUGUCUCCCUUUUGCACCAUAAGCCCUUUUGAUCUGUAGACUGAGAUCUUCCUUUAUGUUAGGAAAGUACACAUUUCUAAGUUUUCAUUUCAGGAAAUUUUCUUUUGUUAGGUCUUUGAACAUUUUUUUUCCUGUUCACAUUUUUCUUCUCUCUUCUUCAGGAACAUCAAUUAUUCAUAUGUUGGCUUCCCACUUUCUCUUUUCAUCCAUAUCAUCUUCUCACUAAUCACUUUUAUCUCUUUACAACCUGUGUGGUUUUUUUUCAAACAUGUCUUUCAUAUCACUGAUUGUCUUUUCAGUAGUACGUAUAGUUUCAGCAUUUUGCUUCUCUGGUUUUCAUUUCUUUGAUUUUAUUCUUUUACUCCGUUUCUUUCCUUAUGACUGCCAGCUCAUUUUUUUUUUUGCCUUGCCAUUGUUUUAUCUCUUCUUUGGUCUCUUAAAUCUUGGAUUCCACAGUCUCUUUGGCUUUUUUGAAAGAAUAGAAGCUUUUGUUGGAAAAUUUCUUGUUUUCUGGAGACUUUCUUUGAAAGGGUACUUUUCACCUUUUUCAUUUGUGUCCUUUUUAUUCUUUCCAUAGUAACUAUGCAUAGGUCCCAUUGGAUCCUUUUUGCUUAUUACUAAUUUUGAAUGGAGUAGUUCUCUCAGGGUUUGCUGUUUACCAGAGAACAAUGUAGGUGGAUUCUCACUGACCUCUAUUUACCUUGAUAGUGUUAUAUUAUAUCCCUAGCAUAUGAUGUUAUAAUGUAUCCUUCGCACCUGAGUUAAAGAGUUGGCUAUUGUUAUAGUUUAUAAUGAUAGACUGUAGCUUCCUCAAGAGAGACAGUUGGAAACUUUAAUUUGUAUGAUAUUUCUUGUGGUAUUUAUAUUAGCACACUUUUCCACUGAGGCUAAUGAGUUCUUUAUCCUUAAGACAUAUAUAGACCUAUGGAGGGGUUCCUCCUGGGAUCUGAGCUAUUUCUUCCCUUUUGUUACAGACAAGUAGGUUAUUCUGGCCAAAAACUGGGCCCUUGCAGAGUUCUAUGCUGCUCAGGUUUUUGGUUUGGUAGUCAGUGUAUUGUUUAUCUCUGUCAGUUUACUUUGGUCCAUGGUUGCACAGCUGGUUUCCUGGGUUUGAAGAAAAUGAAGAUUCAUGACCAUUUUUUAGUCUAUUCUUCAGUGUGGAAAUGGUCUCUUAAUGUAGUAGGAUGUUCCUUAAUUGUCUCUUAGGCUACCACCUCCCCCAUCCAGCUGAAAGAUUGCUAGCAGGACACUAGAGAAUUACUUAUUCUUAAAUAAAUCUGUACCUUGACUAAUAUUCACGAAGAUGGAUGUCAGAUCUAGUCAUCCUGUCCUCCUUCAAUUUGAUGUAAACUUUAUAUUAUCUGGCAGCUAUUCUUUGUAGUCUAUUCUAGAAACCUGUGGCCCUUUCCUACAUUCAUAACAGGUAAUUUUCUCUCUCUCUCUCUUUCUUUUUUUGAAGGGGAGGGGAUGAUUCAUUUCAUUGGGUUUCAGGGAGAGGAGUUAAAUAAUUGUUCACUCACUUUAAAUCAUCUAAGUAAAGCACUUAGUACAAUACUUGGCACAUAGUAAGCAUUUAAUAAAUGGUAACUUUAUUGUUGUUUGUUUGUUUAUUGUCAGCUCCACUAACAUGUGAGUUCCAUGAGGUCAGAGACCUUGUCUGUCUUGCUUAUAGUCAUGUUACCAGUUCCUAGAAUAGUGCCUGACAUAUAGAAGAUGCUUAGUAAUUAUUGCUGAAUGAAUGAAUGAUCAGAGAGCUUGGGUUUCUGGUUGGUGGGGAAGGUAGGGGGAGGUUGGAGAAAUGGUUGUGAGAAGAGAAAGACAGGAAAGUAGAAAAAUCUGAGGCAGUGCAAAUAGCUUUUACCUUCUACUCACUUGUAUGUUUCUUAUAUGCAGGCACAGCCAUUUUAGGGGGUGCUGAUGGAUCCCUACGGGGUCGGCUGUGUUGCUCUGGAGGAGGCCGGCCCCGUGGGGAACAUGACUGUGGUAGACUCUCCUGGACAAGAGGUGCUAAACCAGCUUGAUGUCAAGGCCUCUUCAGAAACAACCGGUGUGGAGGCUUCCAUAGAGACGUCAUUACCUACCCCUUUGCCUGGAUUUGAGGAUUCUCUUGAUGAGAGGAGGCUCCCUCCAGAACAGGAAACCCUCUCCAGACUGGAACAGCAAGAUCUUUCUUCAGAGAUGUCAAAGGUCCCAAAGCCUAGGGCCUCAAAGCCUGGCCCGAAGAGAGGUGGUAGGACACGGAAAGGCCCCAAAAGGCCCCAGCAGCCUAAUUCUCCAUCAGCCCCUCGGGUUCCUGGUCUCUUAGAUCAAUCCAACCCUCUGUCCACCCCCAUGCCUAAGAAACGAGGUCGAAAGUCCAAGGCAGAUCUGCUACUGCUGAAGUUGUCAAAAGGCCUAGAUCAGCCAGAGUCUCCACAUCCAAAGAGGCCCCCUGAGGACUUUGAGACCCCUCCUGGGGAACGACCCCGCCGAAGGGCUGCCCAAGUGGCACUUCUGUAUCUUCAGGAACUGGCUGAAGAGCUCUCAACAGCCCUGCCUGCUCCAGUGACCUGUCCUGAGAGCCCCAAGGUGAGCAGCCCCACCAAACCCAAGAAGAGCCAGCAGCAAGCAGCCUGUCACUAUGGAGAAGAAGAGGAUGACACCGCACGGGACGAAGACUUUGUUCUCCAGGUUGAGGCUGAAGAUGGAGAAGAAAGUGAGGCCCCAAGCGAGAGCUCAUCUGACCCUGAGCCUACAGUGCCCCGAAGCACCGCACGAGGAUCCACCUCAGGGAAGCAGAAGCCACACUGCCGGGGAGUGGCUCCCAAUGGCUUACCAAAUCACAUCAUGGCUCCUGUUUGGAAGUGCCUUCAUCUCACCAAGGACCUCCGAGAACAGAAACAUUCAUACUGGGAGUUUGCGGAAUGGAUUCCUUUAGCCUGGAAGUGGCAAUUGUUAUCUGAACUUGAGGCAGCUCACUAUCUGCCCCAGGAGGAGAAGUCGCCACUGUUUUCUGUACAACGUGAAGGACUUCCUGAAGAUGGCACACUCUACCGAAUAAACAGAUUUAGCUCUAUCACAGCACACCCAGAGCGCUUGGAUGUGUCUUUCUUUACGGGGGGACCGCUCUGGGCUCUGGACUGGUGCCCAGUGCCAGAGGGGGCAGCAGCCUCGCAGUAUGUGGCUCUUUUCUCCAGCCCUGACAUGAAUGAGACACACCCACUGAGCCAGCUUUAUUCAGGCCCUGGGCUGCUCCAGCUCUGGGACCUUGGGACCUUGCAGCAAGAAAGCUGUCCUGGCAACAGAGCCCACUUUGUCUAUGGGAUUGCUUGUGACCACGGCUGCAUCUGGGACCUCAAGUUCUGCCCCAGUGGAGCAUGGGAACUUCCAGGCACCCCUCGGAAGGCUCCUCUCUUGCCCCGGUUGGGUCUCCUGGCUCUUGCCUGCUCAGACGGGAAGGUGCUGCUGUUCAGUCUGCCCCAUCCCGAGGCCCUGCUGGCUCAGCAGCCCCUAGAUGCAGUGAAGCCUGCCAUCUAUAAGGUCCAAUGUGUGGCAACCCUUCAGGUGGGGUCUAUGCAAGUGUCAGAGCCCUCUGAGUGUGGUCAGUGCCUUAGCCUGGCUUGGAUGCCCACCCGACCCCACCACCACCUGGCUGCUGGAUAUUACAAUGGCAUGGUGGUUUUCUGGAACCUUCCCACGAACUCGCCUCUGCAGCGGAUACGGCUCUCUGAUGGCUCCCUGAAGCUCUACCCCUUCCAGUGUUUCCUAGCCCAUGACCAGGCUGUGCGUACCCUUCAAUGGUGCAAAGCUAACAGUCAUUUCCUAGUCUCUGCAGGGAGCGACCGGAAAAUCAAAUUCUGGGACCUUCGACGACCUUAUGAACCAAUAAACUCUAUCAAGCGCUUCUUGAGUACAGAGCUGGCCUGGCUGCUUCCCUACAAUGGUGUCACUGUGGCUCAGGACAACUGCUAUGCCUCUUAUGGACUCUGUGGAAUUCAUUAUAUUGAUGCUGGUUACCUUGGUUUCAAGGCCUACUUCACUGCUCCUCGAAAAGGCACUGUCUGGAGUCUUUCUGGAUCCGACUGGCUCGGGACAAUAGCUGCAGGAGAUAUAUCUGGGGAGCUCAUUGCAGCUAUAUUGCCUGAUAUGGCACUGAACCCAAUAAAUGUCAAACGACCUGUAGACCGAAGAUUCCCUAUAUAUAAAGCAGAUCUGAUGCCAUACCAGGACAGUCCUCAAGGUCAGGACCACUCUUCUGCUUCAUCCGGGGCCCCCAACCCUCCCAAGGCUCGAACUUAUGCUGAAACCGUCAACCAUCACUACUUGCUGUUUCAAGACACAGAUUUGGGUUCAUUCCACGGUCUGCCCCACAGAGAACCAAUGCUGCGCAUGCAGGAGGGCGAGGGGCAAACGCGGCUCUGCCUGGACCGGCUACAGCUGGAAGCUAUUCAUAAGGUACGUUUCAGCCCAAACCUGGACUCCUACGGAUGGCUGGUCUCCGGGGGGCAGUCAGGGCUGGUUCGGAUCCAUUUUGUCCGGGCACUCACCUGUCCACUGGGCCACCGUAUGCAGCUUGAAAGCCGAGCCCACUUCAAUGCUAUGUUCCAGCCGGCCUCCCCCACUCAAGGGCCUGGCUUCCCUCCAACCAGCCAUCGCCUUCUGCCUGGUCCCUAGUCGUGGUCCCCACAGAACACUCAGGAUGAAAUCUGCCGAGAACAACUGGCCCCGUGCACACAGCCAUAGGAACUGGGGCUUUUCUGGACAGUGAAGCUGCCAGGCCUGGACCUUUAGACCUGCCUCCCCAGGACUCCUUAGAUCCCUCUCUUUCCACAGACUUCUUCUGUCAUCACAGCCCCCCGCGGGCAGGGGGGUUCUCCCUCCACAAACUCUCAAGUCUCCUCAGCAUAGAACUAUGACUCACGAGAAACACUCAGGCCUGACCUAGGCUUGGGAGUCAAAUUGCUCAUAUUGAGCAUAUUGUGAAGUGGGUAAAACUAAGUAAAGGUACUGGGUGUUUUUGAGACCA